AAGGGUGGGAGGGUUGGAGAGAGAGAGAGACAGAGAGGGAGACAGAGGGAGAGAGAGAGGGAAAGGACAGGCGGAUGGGUGCUGUGAAAUCUGUUAACAGGGGAGCUCUGUGCAUUUGUUAGACGUCUUGGCCGCUUGCCCAACUUGGCUCAUUGUAAUCGAGGCAUGAUCGUCGACUCUAGGCAGCCCUCUCUGCCGCCUCGGCUGCCUCGCGUCUGGACCCAGCCCAGCUCUCACCGCUGACAUGGAAAGACCCACCCCCAGUGACAUGAUGCCCAAGAGGGAUCAUGAGAGGGACCUGGAGCUGGACAAGAAAAUCGAGGCUCUCCGCAGGAAGAAUGAAGCACUAAUGAAGAGGCACAAGGAGGUGGAAGAGGACAGAAAAAGGGCAGAGGAGGAAGGAAUGGCACUGCAGAGCCGAAAGGGCAAAGCUGAGGAUCUUUCCAUCACAAUCAGCAAGUCUACCAGUGACAGUCGAGUGGUGGUGACAAAGCCAUUCAGCGGUGGUUCACCAGCUGGGAAAGGACAGCAGGAGGCCGGGCCAGACAAGGGGGGAGAAGGCCCUCCGCAGGGUGCUGGCCGAGGACACAGGAAGCAGCUAACAGUCACCAUGGCUGGCAAAAAGGGUAAGAGGGUGGUGAGUGAGAGGCCAGAGAAGAGGCCGGACCCUGUUGACAUAAAGAGCCCUUCAGAUGACGGACAGGCGAGGCGUGUGGAGUCAGCUGGGAGGGGGAAGCAGCCACCUCACAUGACCAGAAGAGACGCAGCAGCACAGGAUGAGGUUAAACAAGGGCAGAAGCACGCCGAAGAGCAUCACAGGCUUUCAGAGCAAUGCCAGGAGCCUGAGAGCCCGCAGGCCAGCACAGACCUCAACAUCCCCACAUCGAAAGAGGAGCAAGAGGAGUAUGUGCGAUGGAAGAAAGAGCGCGAGCAGAUCGACAGGGAGAGAGUGGCACGCCACAAAAAUGCCAAGGGCCAGUGGAGACGAGCGUGGGACAUGGACAAAACAGAGAACAUGUUUUCAGACAAAUCCCUCCCUGACAGAGACUGGGGGCCUUCAAGCAGAGGUGGACGAAAUGCUAGAAGAGGACAGUCCAGGGCAGGUCACGAGAAGCGAGGCAAAGACAAGGGAGCCAAAAACGUACUGGUGAUGAGCAGUAAAGCAAAAGGCAUAGAUCGUCUGACUGGGAGAGCCAGGAGAUGGCAGGCAAAUGAAGAUGGAGAGAAACAACAGUCCCCUGACACGACAUUAGAGGAAUUCUUGGAGGAACUGGACGCCCUCACAGAGACUGAGGUAGAUCAGCAGGACGAGGACUUGAAAGUGAUGCCGUCACCCAGCCCAGAUUCACUGAGAACAUCUGAGGAAGUGAGUGGAUCCACAGCUUCCCCGAGAGAGGACGCCCCCACUCAUGGGAAGGCAGAGGCCUCGUCCCCUCGGGGUUCGGAGAAGAAAGUGCGCUUCUCAGAGGAGCUCAUCCAGGGGGCUCACACCACGGGCUCUCAGGACACUGCCAGCUCAGAAUCAAGAAAUGCGAGCUCCUUAAAAGCUUCUUCACCUAUAAAAACCCAACACAAAGUGCAGGGGCCACAGAGGCCCCUCGAAAGUGCCAAGCAGGACAAUGUUAGUCCUCAGGAUCAGGGAGGUGGUUCAUCUGCUCCUCCUGUUGCCCAGCGGCAGGCUCCUGAAACUGAAUGUACUAAAAAAGACAGAACCCUUCCCAAUGCUCCCAACUCCCCCUCUGAUGCUGAAAAAGCCUGCGCCUCUUUACAGGAGAGUUCUGUCCCGCCUGUAGAGCUCGCCAAGUGCAACAUCAGCAACGCAAACACAGAGGAACUAAUAGACUCUGGUCUGUCUGUCCUGAGCCUGGAGUCAGGAGAAACACACCCAACACACUCCACCAGCAGCGACAAGGCAAGAGAGCAUGGGAAGAUAGUUUGACAUUUUCGGAAUGUAAAUACAGAAACCAAAACACAACGACACAGAGCCUUCGCCUCUUUGUAUUUGCAUUUUGCUUCAGGUAGCUCUUAUGAGAUACCUUGUAUAUGGCUUACACACAAAACCAUGGUUUAUGUAUUUUGCUGUGGCGUGUCCCACCUGUGGAAGAUUUCAAAUUAUCUAAAAUUUGAUGAAGGUAUGGCAAACAUUUUUUCUGCUCAAAUAUUUUUUUACAUGCAAGCACUUUAUGAGUAUAAAAGUAUGUGUACUGACACAGGAUUCAGUAUGUUGGUACGCUGCUUGAGUGCAAUAUCAUUGAAUGUUUACAUUUGUAUGAAGAUUUCAAGGUACAUAUCAGGAGGCUAGCUAAUCAGUUACACUUUGAUAGCCCUUGAAAAUUCAGCCACAGUUAAAUUAUCUAGUGCCUAACUCUGCCUUUGAGGUAUUUUCAAUAAAUGAAGUCUGUGUGAUAUAAUGAUACAGAAGUGACAGGCAGCACGGUCUGUAUUUCUGCACUCAAAACUGUGUGAGUAGGUAUUGUUUAUUAACUGCUUCCAGCAUCAGUUAAUGGCCUUUCACCAAUCCGAAAUCAAUACACAAUUGAAGGGCACAUUUGAGACUUAUCAUCUUAUUAGCCACUGAAGUUUCUACAGUAUUCCUACUGACAUGAAUGUUUUUGUCAUUAAGAACAUAAAGGGGCACUUCAGUUUAUUUGUCAGUGUUACUCGCCUUGUCCAAAAAGUCUUGUGAUGUCUUCUGUGGCUCUGGAGGAGCUUCAUCAAGUGGGACAAAAUAACCCAGAUGAUGUCAUAGUAAUGUUAUAAACGUUGUCUUAAUGUGGAAAUAACGAAUUUAUACCAGAAAGCCUACAUUAAAAAACUGGGGGUAGAAAUGAUCUAACAAAUAUAUACCAUCGUGGUGAAUAUAGGGAAUGUAGUAUCAAGGGUUUUGGAGCUACAGUAGGGUUUAAAAGUCAGGAUACUCAACCCGUUCUCAUUCCCAGGGGGCAAAAAACGGCAGCUUGGUCAGUGGUCGUCACCGUCUGAAUCCGAGGCACAAGGCACCCCUCUAGAGUCUGUAUGAGAUGCACCGGGCUUUCAGCUAACUUCAAGGUAAACAUACCCACAGAAAUUUUAGAUGCUCGAGGAGCUGACGUGUAAAAAAUUAUAAAAUGUGAAAAAGGCUGCAAAGGAGGAUAUGGGUGGAUGGAUGGGUCAAUCAAAUAAGAGGACUUUCCCCCAGGAGACCACUUUUUGUUUCCCAUAUGAAACAAUAAGUCAAUUUUGAGUUUUUUUAACGUUAUAUGUCACUUACUUCUGCAAUUUAAGUUACAUUAAAAACCUACUUAUUUGAACCCAAACUAAGAUAUUUUUAGAAAAACCUAGAGUAGUUUUUGUGACAAAAGCCCACCUAUUCUGUUAUCUCAGAAGUUUGUUUUGAAAGGACACUUAAUGUAUGUAACAAGGAAUCUGACUCAACCAAAACUGAUGCUAGAGUGGUACCGAGAGUCCCGGAGUUUGAAGCAAUGGGCCGUUGACCAAGCUGUCACAUUUGACAAGUUGAGAGUGAAAACGUGUUUGAAUCUCUCUGCUUCUGCUACAUAAAUUCAGACUACUAAUUUCAUACUUUUCAUAAGAAAUCACUGGAACCAGAUCACCAAAUCAAAUCACCAAAUCACUGGAGUAACUUUUUAAUAAAAAGCUAACUGUCAGCUACUUUCAAAAUCCACAUAACUGUUGUAAAAAUAUGUGGUUUGAUGAGUAACCAAUGUCACUGUGGAGCUACAAUCUCAAACUUGCCCUUAAACUCAAUAUUUUUGUGCUCCAAAGUUGGCACAGUUCAAUUCCAAUUAUCUGGUCUUCCUCAAACUCUUACGUUUCCAGGCUUAAUAUAAAAUUGUUAUGUAUGUCUGUAGUUUUACAAAUUGAAAGAAUGCACAGCAGAGAUUUGAAAAUCAAGGUUUUGUGAAUCAGAAACUAAUUUGGGAUAGAUAAUAGUUCAGUCAUUCUGUUUUCAAACAACCAGUGUUAAGGGUCCCGGUACGUAACAGUCUCCUCUUUUUUUUCUGUUGAGACUUUUGGCCCCUGUGGGACCGACAGAGUCGAGGGUUUGGCCUUUAGUCCACAGUCAAAACACUGGACUUCAGCUGUGAUUCCCCUUUGACAUUAUUUUGUCAUUUCUUUUAUUUCUUUUAUGAAAGACAAGUAUUUUUAAAAAGCUGAAUUUCGCCAGUUGUUGUGCCUUGCAUAUUGGUUUCUUUAAAUAUUGAAGGUGUACCUUUAUUUCAUUACUUGCACUGUAACAUACAGUAGUGUUAAAUGUACUGUACUAACAGCUCAGCAUCAGCAUUGAUUUUAUUUAUUUGCCUCUCCAUUUGGACAACAGAAUGUUGACUACAAUGAUUUUACAAAUCUAAAAAAAACGUCCGUGUGCAUUAUAGUAGCUGUUUUUUUCCUCUGUGACGUGUAUAGAUCUGUUUUUAUUUAUUGCCAGUCUAUGGUUUUAUUUUUGGUAUCAAGUUACAACUACAAUAAGAAGCCUUACAAGAACUCUGUCCUCAAAGACAUUUUUUGGCUUUCGUCAGUGCUACAGUAUAGUAAACAGUUAUGUAACCGUAAGUAGAGAACAUAGUGGACAUGCUCCGAGCUGCGGGGCCCCGUCAGCUUCAACUGUGGUUACAUAAAAUACAAAUCAUCAGGAAUCUAGUAGAAGCACACUGGGGAAAAAUCAAGAAGUGAAUCACAAGGUUUGAGACAGGUCGAACCAUCAAGAAAGAAAAUGUGCUGUGUUUGGGUAUAGGGGCCUUAUUCUGUAUUAUAUAUGGAUAGAACUGAUGCUGAAGGAAACAUCUGUUUGAGAAACAGGUCAUACUGUACAGAUUACCUCUGAAGUAUUUAAAAUUCCCUCUGGGAUUCAAUUUAGUGAGUGAAAUUUAGGACCUACAACCAUAGAGCAGUUGUACAUUUGUUUAGCAUUUAGUUAUUAGACAUCUGCAUUUUCACCUUGCUUAAAUGUCAAUUUUAGGAGGUGGUUGUGAUUGUCUCGCUCCACAUGGGUUUCCUCUGCUGUCCUCCAUGUUUUCACAUACACUCAUAAGGAAGGAAUAAUUGUUAGUGCCUGUGUAUGAGUGUUAAAUCUGUGUGCAUCAUAGCUUAAUUUACUGUAGAGUAAUUUGGAAUAAAGCAUACAGAACAUCAAUAAAGUUUUUCCAAACUCUC